GUUCAUUACACCUCAACAUCUCACGUAGACACGCAUUUGAAGCGUACAGACAACACAAUUAAAUAGGGGUAAAUUACCUAGACUAUGUAGAAUGCCAAAAUUUUCAGGUAGAACGUGGGUGCCACGGGAAGUUGUCAAAGGCUCAGUAGUCCUCGUGCUAGCGAAGUUCAAGGUUGACAAGAACGAGAUUGCAAGGCUGUCGUGUUUAGAAUGUUUCCUACCAGCAGCUGCUUAGAUUUAUGGAUGGAUAAUUCACUGUGAUGAGUUAACCCGCGUAGUUUUACAAAUAUUGAUUCUUCAUUUUCAAGAGACCAGAUUCAUCAAGAGCAAAAUGUCAAUUCUUUACAGUGUAGUAGCAAGAGGCACAACUGUGCUUGCCAAAUAUGCCGCAUGUGCUGGAAACUUUGCUGAAGUCACUGAGAAGAUCCUGGCAAAAAUUUCACCAGAGAACCAUAAACUGACUUAUUCACAUGAUGCAUACUUGUUUCAUUACAUAUGUGAAGAUAGAAUCAUAUACAUGUGUAUUACAGAUGAUGAAUUUGAAAGAAUAAGAGCAUUCCAGUUCCUAGCUGAGAUAAAGCAGAGAUUCCAGUUAACAUAUGGCGCAAGGGCAAGCACUGCCCUAGCAUAUGGAAUGAACAAUGAGUUCGCACCUGUCUUAGCAAAUGAGAUGAGACAUUAUUCAGAAUCGAAGGAGAUUGAUACUAUGUCUAGAGUCCGUGGUGAUUUAAAUGAUCUGAAAGAUAUUAUGGUAAAAAAUAUAGAAAAUGUUGCACGAAGAGGGGAAAGGCUGGAGCUUCUGGUGAACAAGACUGAAAAUCUCAGCGCAAAUUCUGUCACUUUUCGGAAAACUAGCCGAAAUCUUGCAAGGUCAAUGUUCUGGAAGAAUGUCAAACUCUAUGUUAUUAUUGGAGUAGUUAUUACGGUUCUGAUUUACUUCAUCGUAUCAAUGGCAUGUGGUGGUUUGGCAUGGCAGAACUGUGUGGGCAGUUAGAUGGAUCACGUUUGUGAGACAGUCAAACAGGAGAUUAAAAUACAUAAUGAAGAUGUGGCAAAUCAUUAAAUUCUUGCCAUAUCAGACUGAAAAGUGAAAGAAUGACAUGUUGAAGUGUUCCACACUUAAAAGUUUUAUAGAUGUUUUCAUAUCACAUUGUAUAUUAAUAGCUUUCUGGUUUCUGCCCGAUGAAAUCCAUUUUGUGACUGUUGUAAUAUAUAUUUGUUGUAUACAGCAAAAUUCCAGAGUAAGAGAAUGUGUAAAAGUAAUUAAAUUUUUGAAACUGGUCACUGCUCACAGUAUAGAUGAAGCCACGAGCAAAAUGAAGAAAAGAAUAUGCUGUGUCAGAAGUGUCCACUUUAGAUUUUUGCAGUGCUCCUAAAAUGGUCGAGGGAGCAGUGGCAAAAGGCAAGAAUCCUUUUCAGUUAGCAUGUCAAGUAGAAGCCAGCUGCUAUCUUUAGAUGAAAGAAAAUAAUCAUAAAAUGUCUUUAAAGCUUUGCUGUCAAAGUGUGUUGUAACAUUUAAAAUUUAAAACUUAAUCUAUGAAUUAUUUAGAUUUGUGUGGCUGCAGAUACUAGUAACACUUCAUCAACAAACUCUUUGACAAAUUGCAGCAUUGUUCUUUCUAUGUGGUUUCAUCUUUAUUUAUAUAAGUUAAUUAUUGAUGGCAAGAGAUCCGGGUUGUGUUGUGCUACGUGUACCACAUGAACCUGUUUGAAACAGUCUCAGAGAAGUUAUUUGUGUUAAUAGCUAUGGGUAAGAUUUGUGUACAGAUCACAUGUUUUCUGUAGGACAUAGGUUUUACCAUCUGGUUCUCUGGGAAGAACUAGUUAAUUUGGAACAACCAGAAACACUCACAGGUUUCAGUGCAUUCUGUUUCUCACCAUGGUUUUAUCUGUGAGAUGAAUGUUGAUGCUUGUUUGUUAACUGUCAUGUGUCUUAACAGUGGUCUAAAGAAAAAUAUUUUAUUAGCAGUGAUCAGAUGUAAUAUUUGCUUACAACACAGUUUGUCUGUUUUAUUAUUAUUAUAGCAGCUUGUUUUCAA